AUGGCGGCAUCGAAUAACAGGCGGAGAGAAAGCACCUUAUCGAAAUUAUCAUGCUCGCGAUGCUGCGGCGACCUGUUCGGGUAUCUGCUGCGGCUACGCGUCAGCCCGGAGGAGCUGGAGCAGCGCUACAAAUCGCGCGAGAUCGACAAAUUUCUCGAGAAAGAUAAACAUGCAUUUCGACGACAGGUGAAGCUGCUGUUGCUGGGCGCAGGCGAAUCCGGUAAAUCGACGUUUCUGAAGCAGAUGCGGAUCAUCCACAGGAUCAACUUCGAGCCCGAUCUAAUGAGGGAAUACCAACAUGUGAUCUACCAAAACAUAGUCAAAGGCAUGCAAGUGUUGUGUGACGCUAGAGAUAAGCUAGAUAUACCCUGGGAGCAUCCGACGUCGCAGCUGGCCGCGAACGAAGCGAUUAUGUUUCACAGUGGCCCCAAACUGGACGUCGAGCAGUUCCACCAGUACGUUCCACUCAUCAACAUACUGUGGACGGAUGGCGCCAUCCGGAAGGCGUACGACCGGCGAAGGGAGUUCCAAAUUAGUGAUUCUGUUAGUUAUUUCCUAGAUGAAUUAGAGCGAGUGUCAAGGUUAGAUUAUGUACCCACCCAUCGUGAUAUUUUGCACUGUCGCAAAGCAACUAAAGGUGUAUUUGAGUUUACGAUAAGGAUACAGAACAUUCCAUUUGUGUUUGUUGACGUCGGCGGCCAGCGAACGCAGCGCCAGAAGUGGACCAAAUGUUUCGACUGUUCCGUCACGUCGAUCCUGUUUCUCGUAUCAACCUCCGAGUUUGAUCAGGUGUUAGCGGAAGACCGGAAAACCAACCGUCUGGAAGAGUCGCGGAACAUCUUCGACACGAUAGUGAACAAUACCACCUUUCAGGGUAUUUCGAUCAUCCUGUUUCUCAACAAGACGGACCUCCUGCAGCAGAAGGUGAAAAAUCCCGAGACCGACAUCCGCUGGUACUACCCGCAGUUCACCGGCAACCCGCACUCGAUCCUGGACGUGCAGAACUUCAUCCUGCAGAUGUUUAUGAACGUGCGGAAAAAUACCAAAACACCGAUCUACCACCACUUCACGAACGCGGUCGACACGCAGAACAUUCAGGUCGUGUUCAGCUCGGUGAAGGACACGAUCCUGAACCGUAACCUGUCGGCGCUGAUGCUACAGUAG